UCAUUAGAACAUUGCUCUCUGCUUUGGCCCCAACUGAUGAGAGCGUUAUUCAGCUCACACCAAAUUAUACUUCCUUACACAUUACUUAAUUUAACCAGGAAUUAAGUUGAUAUCUUUUUUGUUUUUUGUAUUUCAAAUCAGAAGAACUGGGCGGAGCUUUUGGCGCGAGGACGCUUGUUUUUCUUUUUGUUGUGUGUUUUUUUUAUUUUUUUAAGUGAACCAUGCUAGCGUUGCUAGCUAAUUAGCCUUCGUGUCGUUGCCUGCUCUGUCGCCCGGGACAUUAAUGCCAUCAGCCAGGAACUCAGGUCACAUCAUGAGCGGGACGAGCUGCAAAGCUAACAGCGCCGUGUACCCCGCUUCAUCCGCGAUGAUGAACUCGGUGAAGAAGCCGAAGAUGGAGCAGAUCCAGGCCGACCAUGAGCUCUUCUUACAGGCCUUUGAAAAACCUACUCAGAUAUACAGAUUCCUGCGUACAAGGAACAUCAUUGCACCCAUAUUUUUGCACAGGACCCUCACAUUCAUGUCUCACCGAAAUAAUCGCACAAAUGCCAGAAGGAAAACAUUCAAAGUGGAUGAUAUGUUAAAGACGGCAGAGAAAAUGAAGACAGAGCAGGAUUCUCCAAGCUUGUCUUCACAUCUACAGUUAACGUUCACCGGGUUCUUCCAUAAGGAUGAAAAGCCAUCUCAGAACUCAGAAAAUGAGCAACAUUCUGUGUCUCUAGAGGUGCUACUUGUCAAAGUCUGCCAUAAAAAACGAAAGGAUGUCAGCUGCCCUAUAAAACAAGUGCCUACCGGUAAAAAGCAGGUGCCUUUGAAUCCUGACUCUAAGCAGACCAAGCUGGGCUCCUGCCCCUCUUUACUGGUCCCCAGCAAUGAGUUUGAGCCCAGCAACAGUCACAUGGUGAAGUCCUACUCGCUCCUCUUCAGGGUGUCACGCACUGGGAGAAGCGGCCUGGUCAACGGGGAGGUCAAUGAGAACAUAGAUGUAACAGAAACUCCUAGUAGAAAAAAAAGAAGUUCAGCCCACAGAGAGGAGGCAGGGACCACAGAGACCUACAUCGCACAGAUGACAGUUUUUGAUAAAAAUCGGAGGCUGCAGCUGCUGGAUGGCGAGUACGAAGUGUCAAUGCAAGGGUUGGAUGAAAGUCCUGUGAGCAAAAAACGAGCCACAUGGGAAACGAUCCUUGAUGGCAAGAGAAUCCCACCAUUUGAGACGUUUUCUCAGGGACCAACACUGCAGUUUACACUGCGUUGGACAGGUGAUGCCAGUGCGAAGUCCACCGCCCCGGUAGCCAAGCCUCUUGCAACUCGCAACUCAGAAACCACCAGCCCAAUGGAGACCCGGACCAGCCACCACCGCGCAGCCCUUAUGAAGAAACAUUCAACAGAGAUCAACUCAUGUAGCACACAACUAAAGUCAGUGAAAGAGUCAGUCAGCACAGACACUCAGACGAGGAAAGAGCAGGUCUCGUCUGAGCCGCGGCAGAAGCUCCGUAUAUUUUAUCAGUUCCUCUACAACAAUAACACACGGCAGCAGACUGAGGCCAGAGAUGAUCUCCACUGUCCCUGGUGUACUCUGAACUGCAGUAAACUCUACAGCCUGCUAAAACACCUCAAGCUCUCCCACUCGCGCUUCAUUUUCAACUAUGUGCCUCACCCUAAAGGAGCGAGGAUAGACGUGUCCAUCAAUGAAUGCUAUGAUGGCUCCUAUGUUGGCAACCCUCAGGACAUCCACAGCCAGCCCGGCUUUGCUUUUAGCCGAAAUGGACCAGUCAAAAGAACCGCGGUUACUCACAUACUGGUUUCCAGGCCCAAAAGGACCAAACCAAGUUUGUCUGAGUUCUUGGAGUCUGAGGAUGGAGAGCUGGAGCAGCAGAGGACAUACGUCAGUGGACACAACAGGCUCUACUUCCACAGCGACAGCUGCAUGCCCCUGCGGCCUCAAGAGAUGGACGUGGACAGCGAGGACGAGAGGGACCCAGAGUGGCUCAGAGAGAAGACCGCCACGCAACUGGAUGAGUUCACAGACGUCAACGAGGGAGAGAAGGAGGUGAUGAAGCUCUGGAACCUGCAUGUAAUGAAGCACGGCUUGAUAGCGGACAACCAGAUGCCUCAAGCCGUCAUGCUUUUCGUUGAGAAGUGCGGUGCUCACAUCAUCCGUCGCAACCUUUGCCGCAACUUCCUCUUGCACUUGGUCAGCAUGCACGACUUCAACCUGGUGGUUACAAAAGACAUCGACGACGCCAUGAUAGCCCUGCGAAAAAUUCAAGACUCGCUGCCGGACACCAAGGAGGAGCAGCAGGAUGACAUGUUGGGAUCAGUGGGAGUCUACAACAGCAGCACAGUCACAUCCAGCGGAGGGAAGCAGGGCAAGAGGACAAAAAGUGCUCUGACAGACUGAUGGCAGUGUGGAUAUGACCUGAGGGUUUAUGGUUUUUAUAUUCUGGUAAAUUAAGGAACUUUUCCAACCCUUUGGUGCUUACACAUGAUAACAAACUGGUAGUCAGAGGAUGUGAGCUGACCAGGGCUGAGGCUGAACAGGUUUCUGAAACUUGUGAACUGAACCAAAUAUGUAAAAUAUGACAGUGAAUCACCCAGGUCUGCUCAAACCCAGAGUUUCAGGCCCCAAGACGAGCCUUUUACCUUUCAUUGUAGGGGCCACAAAGGUCCCUAUUCAUUGAUGGGAGAAAGAACAGUGUCUUCUCUUGUGGCACAACUGUUUCCACCAAGUAGUGGAGGAUUGUAUGAAGGCUACAGGUAGAAGUGUACUGAGAACGUUGUCAACGUUUGUACAAAAAAUGUAACAAUGUUUAUAACUGAGGGGAUUAUUUUAGCACUUGGUUUUAUUUAGAAAGUUUAAUCUGAACUUUAAAAAGUAAUGUUUCACAUCAAAUUUUGAGAAUAGUUAAAUUGGCCGUGGAUUGAGUGUAAUUUAAAUGGUCUAAACGGAUAAACGUGGCCUAUGGAAGAAAAUCAAUUUUCUAUGUUAAAGCCUGGAAUGAAUCCUGCAUAGCUUGUGUUUGGGAUCCCGACGUUGUUAAUGUCGGCAAGUUAUUACGAAAAAAGUGUUUUUAGUAUGAGCUUCGAUCAUUAACCUGGCAAAUCUGAUCAAUGCAAAUUUGGUUUUCAUCCCUAUUGUGUUUUUGUCAAAAAGAAUGCAUUGGAGUAUUUUUUGUUCCCUAGAAACCAGCAGCACAUUACUCUGUUGCAUGUUCAGUGAGUAGUAUCAAUAAUAGCAUUCUUGGUUUUCUCACGUCAGCUUCUGCAUCGUUUCCUAUUUUAAUUCACUAUUGAUUUAAAAGGCAUCAUCUGUAGCGGAGUUAAAUAAUGUAUUCAUGUAAUCACACGAGCAGUUUUUAGGUGUUUCCUUUUCCUGGUGUAGUUACAAACAGGUUCUCUCUAAUAGCAAUAGGCUAUUUAUUUUAAUGGUUGAAAGUUGUUAGAUACAGUUUAUACCAAAGGGGAGUACUUUCAUCAUUUUCUUCUUCAUUUUAAUUACAUCAAACCUUUCUUCAUCAAAAAAAUCCUUUCUGUGCACAUAAAACCAACGGUCAUAUUCUUUAUCAGACAGCCAGACUAUCCAUGUAGUUCUUUCUCUUCUCAUUGAAGCUGAUAUAUUAAUCAUUGGUGUCUAAACACAUCGUGAACUUUUGAGUAUUUUAUAUGUAAGGAAAUAAAAUACAUUUUCCCUUA